AUGGGAGCAUCUGGGAUUGGGUCUGAGAAAUCCGCGGGAGACGCGCGGCAGCGGAAAGUUAGGGGGAAAGCUGCCGCGGAGGCUGCAGCAGGGGGGGACGGCGGCGGGGGAAAGGGGACGGGGGGAGCACGCGCGGGGAAAGGCGGAGGCGGGGAGUUAGUCGCAACGGUGGAGCUGGGCGCAAGUGGAAGCGGAAACGGAAGCGGAAGCGGAAGCGGAGGGGGGAAUGAAUUGAGGGAUGGUGCAGAGGGCGAGAGGGAUGACGCACCCGCGCAUGCUCUUACCAUUCCUCAAAGAGGAGGUUCGGCAUCCAGCACUCCGGACCGGCAGAGGUUUGGGCCGAGCCAAAGGGGAGGGCUGUUUGAGAGUCCGCAAAUGCAGGGGCGGCCAAGGGGGGGUGAGAUUUCAGCCGACGAACAUGCUGAUGAUGAAGGGAGUGAGGGAGGGAGUGAGGGAGAUGAGGAGGAUGAGGAGGAGGAGGACGACCAGGAGGAGGAGGGUAGUGAGGAGGAGGAUGAUGAUUUUGAUGAUGAUGACGAUUACAGUACCACGGACACGAGCACAGGGUCAGACUAUACAGAGGAUGAGGAUGAGGACGAAGAGGAAGAGGAGGACGAUGAGGAAUCUUCUAGCAUCGCGCAGGCCAAGGCACAACGUGCCGAAGCUGAGCGCCUAGCCGCCGAAGCUGCAGCGGAGGCUCGGGCGCGCGAGCGGGAAGGUUCGGCGGUGCGGGUGGCUCGGGCUGCUGUGGUGGAGAGGAGUCAACUGGUGGGGGUGCUGGAAGGGGAGAGGAGGGAGGCUGAGGCGAGAAUGAGAGAAGCAGCAGAGCAGCACAGGAAGAAGGCAGAGGAGCUGAGAGCGCGUGUGAGGAGAGGAUUCGAGGCGGUGACAGCAGAGAGCCAAUCACACGCUGCCACGCGCAAGGAGCGGGCGGCACGGGAGGCGCACUACGAGACGGAGGCGGCAAGUGGCAUGGCGGCACUGGCUGCCGCCCAGAGAGCUCUAGAAGAGAAGGUUGAGCUUCUAACGUCUGAUUGGUCCACGGUGCACCGGCUGACGGAGGAGAUAGAGCAAUUGGAGCAACGGGUUCAGUGGGCAGAGGCCGAGGGAGAGGCAGCGGGAGCAGCAGAGGAAGGGGCAGAGGCGGGGAGGUGGGAGAAGGGGAGAGAGGAGGAGGGAGCAGCUGCGAAUGUAGGGGGCGGAGCAGCUGCAGGAGAAGGAGCAGCUGGCAGGCACGGGGCAGCAGAGGGAGCAGAGGGGGCAGGAUUGGGAGGAGAUGCAGGAGGGAGUGAUGGUGGUGGGACAAUGUCUGUUGCUCUGCUGCGUCAGCAACUGGAGGAUGCUGAGUCAGCAACCGCCCAGCAGCAGGCAGAGUCAGAGGUGGAAUCAAAUCUCCUGUCAAGGCUACAGCAGUUAACGGAGCGGCUUAUAUUGAAGCAGCAGCAAGUAGAGUCCCUACAGAUCGAAAAGUCAACCCUCUCCCUCCGCAUCGAGACGGAAUUCGCCGCCCUGCAAAAGGACAAACACCGCCUGUCCACCUUCCUCAGAAGCGGACGAAACCCCGCGUCGGCAGCUGUCACUGCACGUUUCCUCGCCAGCACACCGGGCCCACUUGCUGCUGACCUGGCAGCUGCUGCGUCAGCAGCGGAAGCAAGGGCUCUAGAGGAGGGAGGGGAGGAGGGAAUAGAGGGAGACCCGGGUCACAAGUUUCGACCACCUCUCGUUACAAUCACAGCCAUGUCUUCCCCGUUACUCGCCGCUAACGUCUACAUUUCCAUCGCGCGCUGCGCGUCUCUCCUCCAAUCGCUCGCCUCCUCUCUCGCCGCCUCCCGCGCGCCAACCAGAAUCCUCCACGUGUUCGAAGACGAGCCGUAUGCGCGAACGGGUGUGACAUUAGCGGGGCCUGCGCGGGAUCUGGAACGGACGGUGAUCCUGCUUUCGGGCCGAGCGAUCGAGACCGUUGAUCUGAGUCGCCACGUCGGCAGCCACCCGUGCAUCGGAGUGUUGGACCACGUGGCACUCCGGCCGCUGCUGCGUGCUGAGCUGGCAGACGCUGCAACGUCAGCGAGAAACGUCGGGCGGAAUCUGGGGCAGCAUCACGGAGUCCCCGUGCACCUGUACGGUGCUGCGAGCCCCACCAACCGCCCUCUGGACGCCAUUCGCCGCGACCUGGGAUACUUCCGACCGCCCGCAGCGCGUUCAGAGACAUCUGGGUUAGCUGAAACCUCUGUCAACGCUGCUGCCCAUCCCGAGCCUCCUUCCAUACCUCCUCCCGAGCCUCUGUCCACACCUCCCGAUUUGGGGCCCCUCCACCCGAACCCUCUCAAGGGCAGAGUUGCAGUUGGCGCCGCUCCGUGGGUGUACAAUUACAACAUACCCAUCCAAACCCCCUCCCGAGUCACCCAAACCACCCUGGCAGCGGCUAGAAGGGUGGCUAGGAGAGUGAGUGAGAGGGGAGGAGGGGUGGUGGGGGUACAGAGUAUGGCUUUAAUGCAUGGGGACAAGUGUGUUGAGAUAGCUUGUAAUAUAUCGGAGCCUGACGCGCCAGCUACUGGUUUAUCGGAGUGUGAUUCGCCAGCAGCACCGGUGAAGGGGGCUUUGAAGCCUGACGCAGCGGCAGCAGCACUGCAAGUGCAGAGAGCAGUGGAGGAAGGGGUAGAGAGAGAGGGAGCGCUGGGGCAGACAGCAGUGAAGAGGGUGGGAGACAGGGCAUGGGACGGUUGGAGGAGGCAGGGUGGCUGA